AUGGCCGUGCCGCGGGAGCCGCCCGCCGCCCCGGCGGCGCCGCCGCCCGGCCCCGCCGCCGCCGCCGCGCCCUCGUUCGGCGCGGCCCGCGCGCUUGUGGCGCGGCGCCAUUCGUGCCUGGUGGCGGCGCCGCACCGGCGGCACGUGGCGCUGCCACCGCGCUUCCUGGGCCGCAAGCGCUCCGGCAUCCGCGCGCAGCUGGACGCCGAGCUCCUGCGCUACUCCGAGAGCCUGCAGGGCGUGCCGGUGGCUUACGACAACAUCAAACUGGUGGGGGAGCUCGGCGACAUCUACGACGAUCAAGGAUUCAUCCACCUGGACGUGGAGGCGGACUUCAUCAUCUUCAGCCCCAAGAAGGGCAAGAAGCUGGUGGGUGUAAUUAAUAAAGUGGCCCCUAGUCACAUUGGCUGCCUGAUACAUGGGUGCUUCAAUGCAUCUAUCCCCAAGCCUGAACAAAUGUCCCCUGUACAGUGGCAAGAGCUGGGGUUAAAAAUAGGGGAUGAAUUGAAAUUUCAAGUGUUGCACUUGGAUUCUGAUACGGCUGGGGUGUUCUUCAUUCGAGGAGGACUCACUAAAAGCAGCAUGCGGCCCAAAAAAUCUGAUGGAGUCCCUGAAAGUACAAAUGGGGAUGAAAUUCAAAAGCUUGACCACCAGGAAAAUGGCCUGAAUAACAGUGGGGAAGUUAAUGUCACAGAAGAGCCUUUAAAUGAGAUGGGUAACCUUGGGAGGGAAAAUGAAGAGCCAGGUGUUGAUGCUGUGAAUGGAUUAUGUGAUGAUAAAAAGAAGAAGAAGAAAAAGAAAAAAGACAAGGACAAGGACAAGCAAGGAGAACAGGAACUUGUGUUGCCUACCAGUGACUCCAGUGGUUACCAAAGUGACCAUAAAAAGUCAAAGAAAAAGAAAAGAAAGCAUUGUGAUGAAGUUGAAGAAAGUGAAUUAUCUCAGCUGUCAGAAAAACCCAAAGCAAAAAAGAAAAGGACUAAGGUCUGAAGUGUCUUCCCUGCCUUACAUUUCAGAUGUUUUUCAUAAGUUUCAAUAAAACCCUGUUUUGAAA